AUGGACCUCAGUAAUUUGAGGGCUACAGCAGAUGAGAGGUCCAAUGAGAUUCGCCCAGAAGCCCUCCACCCACUUGCCUUCUUGGGACUGCUGCUGGUGACAGCUUCUGCUUUCCCAAACCCAAAGGUCCAGAGAGGAGAGGGCACAGGUGACACCACAGCCAACAAACCAACAUAUACCUCUGCACAAAACACUGAAAACCUGAUGACAUUCAUCCUCAGGAGAAUCUUGGACCUGAGAACAGAGCUAUGUGACAAUGAUGAAGACUGUCUGGAAAAUGAGGAGGCACUGUCAGAAAACAAUCUCAACCUUCCAACAAUGUUAGAAAAAGACGGAUGCUUUCAGGCUGGAUACAAUCGGCAUAGUUGCCUGUUGAAAACCACCUCUGGUCUUCUGGAGUUCCAGAUCUACCUGGAGUAUAUCCAGAACCACUUAAGUGAUGAUCAGAAGGACAUAGCCAGAGAUAUUCAGAGCAAUUCCAAAUCCCUGGUUGAGAUCUUGAAACAAGAGAUAAAGAAUCCAAAUGAAAUAGUCUUCCCUAGUCCAACCGCAAAUGCCAGCCUGAUGAAGAAACUGGAGUCACAGCAUGGAUGGCAGAAGACCAUGACCAUGCAGCUCAUCCUGCGAAGCCUCCAGGAUUUCUUGCAGUACGCCCUGAGGGCCUUCCGGAACUAG